AUGGCGACUCACUCAAAACGCGCACGAUCGGACCCAGAAGCGUCUCAGUCUCAGUCGCAGUCUUUCAGCAAGCGACAGAGGCAGCGACUACAAGAAGCGGCCGACGACACUACUGCGCAGGAUAACAUGCGGUACAUGAGGACCCAGUCAAAGAUCCAGCAACCCAGCGGUACCUCACGAGCCAAGUCUUUCCCAAGCCAGACGUCCCAGUUCAUUGACUUGACGCUGAGCGACGAGGUCGAGGGGGUUUUUCCUGCGUAUUCAUCAAGAUCUAAAGCUCAUCAAGACCAAGCAGAGGAGCAAAGCCAUUCGAAAUACGCUUUGCGUAGCAAGACGCCGAGAAACCCCCAAAGAAGCCUCCCAAACCGAUCUCAGGACGAUCAGAGCGUUCAAGAGGAUAAUCUAGAUCAGAACGAUGGCGAAGGAAGAUGGACCCUACCACCAAAAUCACCGAUGUUUACAGAUGAGCAUACCAGACGCCAGCAACAGAGCGAACGGGGCCGGAAAAAAGACAGAAAAGCGACUAGAAGGGAGAGGAAGAUGGCGAGGUCGGCCACCACUACGGCUAUAAUGUUCACUAUUCCAGAGGCGAUGACCGCACUUGCUCGGCCCCAGCAAGCUGGGGCCAUCGUCUUCAACCUACCGACUGGUGCAUAUCUUUCAUAUCCAGUCAAGAGAUCAUACCACUUGGGCGCCAUGGGUCGGUACGAAAACGCCCGUGUCGCUAUGCAUACUAGCCUUCCCUAUCGUCCCUCGGGUGCUGCAAAGGGCAGCUCCCGUUUCAACAAUCCUAGGUCAGACUAUAAGAAGGCACAUAGUCGUUUCGUUUGA